UCUUUCUGUAGUUUUCCCUUCUGGCUGAUUAGCAGGGGAAAAUGCUAGCAAGUAAAUUAAAUUACAGAACUGAGACCAUUUACAUUACUAACAAAGCUUUAGAGCUACUAGCAUACUUAAGCCUCUUUUUAUCACAAAGCGUACAGUAAUUAAACAAUGAAUAAAUGAAACCUGCAUUUGAUUUCAAAGUCUCACUUCAACAAACACUUAUAAAGGCAUAGCGUCCCAGAAGAGGCCUUCGAUAGCAUCUGCUUCUGUGUGUUCACUUACAGCCUAGGGAAGUGAGGCCCAAAGAGGAAUCCCUGUCAGAAGUUCCAGCCUGCCACUGUUCUCUGAUGCCAUGCCAGCACCAACUCAACUGUUUUUCCCUCUGAUCCGGAACUGUGAGCUGAGCAGAAUCUAUGGCACCGCGUGCUACUGCCACCACAAACACCUCUGCUGUCCGUCACCCUACGUCCCCCAGAGUCGCCUGCGAUACGCGCCCCACCCAGCCUAUGCCACCUUCUGCCGGCCGAAGGACAGCUGGUGGCAGUAUACCCAGGGAAGGAGAUACGCCUCCACGCCGCAGAGGUUUUACCUCACGCCUCCGCAGGUCAACAGCAUCCUGAAGGCCAACGAAUACAGCUUCAAAGUGCCAGAAUUCGAUGGCAAAAAUGUCAGUUCUGUCCUUGGAUUUGACAGCAAUCAGCUGCCUGCAAACGCACCCAUCGAGGACCGGAGAAGCGCAGCUACUUGCUUGCAGACCAGAGGGAUGCUUUUGGGGGUUUUUGACGGCCACGCAGGCUGUGCGUGCUCCCAGGCAGUCAGCGAGAGACUCUUCUAUUACAUUGCCGUCUCCUUGUUACCCCAUGAGACUUUGCUAGAGAUCGAAAAUGCAGUCGAGAGCGGCCGGGCACUGCUGCCCAUUCUCCAGUGGCACAAGCACCCCAAUGAUUACUUCAGUAAGGAGGCAUCCAAAUUGUACUUCAACAGCUUAAGGACUUACUGGCAAGAACUUAUAGACCUCAACACCGGCGAGUCUACUGAUAUUGAUGUGAAGGAGGCUUUAAUCAAUGCUUUCAAGAGGCUUGACAACGACAUCUCUUUGGAGGCUCAAGUCGGUGAUCCCAAUUCUUUCCUCAAUUAUCUGGUGCUCCGAGUGGCAUUCUCAGGGGCCACUGCUUGUGUGGCCCACGUAGAUGGUGUUGACCUUCACGUGGCUAACACCGGCGAUAGCAGAGCCAUGCUGGGCGUGCAGGAAGAGGACGGCUCUUGGUCGGCAGUCACUCUCUCUAAUGACCACAAUGCUCAGAAUGAAAGAGAAUUGGAACGGCUGAAAUUGGAACACCCAAAGAACGAGGCCAAGAGUGUGGUGAAACAGGAUCGGCUGCUUGGCUUGCUGAUGCCUUUUAGGGCUUUUGGAGACGUAAAGUUCAAAUGGAGCAUUGACCUGCAAAAGAGAGUGAUAGAAUCAGGCCCAGACCAGUUGAAUGACAAUGAAUAUACCAAGUUUAUCCCUCCUAAUUACUACACGCCUCCUUAUCUCACUGCUGAGCCAGAGGUGACUUACCACCGAUUAAGGCCACAGGAUAAGUUUCUGGUGUUGGCUACUGAUGGGUUGUGGGAGACAAUGCACAGGCAGGACGUGGUUCGGAUUGUGGGCGAGUACCUGACGGGCAUGCAUCACCAACAGCCCAUAGCUGUUGGGGGCUACAAGGUGACGCUAGGGCAGAUGCAUGGCCUUUUAACAGAAAGGAGAGCCAAGAUGUCCUCAGUGUUUGAGGAUCAGAAUGCGGCGACCCAUCUCAUUCGUCAUGCAGUGGGCAACAACGAGUUUGGGGCUGUAGAUCACGAGCGCCUGUCCAAAAUGCUUAGUCUUCCUGAGGAGCUUGCUCGGAUGUACAGAGACGACAUAACGAUCAUUGUGGUUCAGUUCAAUUCUCACGUUGUGGGGGCGUAUCAAAACCAGGAAUAGUGGGUGCAGCCCGCCCUGGCAGUUCUCAGAUGAUAUAGAUUUUAAAGGGUGAAUAGAUUCGUAAGAGAUACUAAUAUAAUAAAGGUUUCCAGCGCGUCACUAAACAUUUACCCAUUUGAUACUCUAGCCAGUCAAGGCCUCUAAAUUGACUCUGAGGCAGGGUGGCAGGACCGCGAGAGUCUCAUUCGGCCUCGCUCGGACCUCACGGCACCCGCAGUUGAGGCCAGUCAGUUCCUUGUUGCAAAUGCCUUGUGACGUUGGCUGCUUUUAUCGAUCUGAGAAAAUCCAGAUGACCUGGCAAGUAGGAUCUUGAAAAGGCCAAAAGCCAGGAUCUUGCUGGGCGUAUUCUCUUGGUAAUAGGGAAGAAACGUUCUGUUCACACCCACAGACCCUUUCCGUCACUGAGAUUCCAGUGUACAUGAGAACGUUUAUUUAUUGCAUGAGUUCCUAGAUAUACAACCUAUGCAUUAUUCAUGUAAAUUUAAUUUAGCCUGAAGUGGUUUUCAAAUCUAGUACUUUAAGCCAUAAAUGACUGAGAGCCAAGCAGUCUGAAUUUG